CGAAGUAGCAAGCAGUAGGUUUUGUGCACUCCCCGGCCCGAAGUCUGCCCAUGGCUCGGCUUUACCACCUCACGCUCCUCUCCGUCUUCUUGUUCCUGCUCCUCACCGGCCUCGUGGCUGCUGAUCUGUCCGGAGGGAAGAAGGUCGGGAAGAAGGUGACCAUGACCGUGCGGUACCCGCCUGAAGACUCGGGGGAGAAGAUCACGAUCUCGACGCACCUCGUCGGCGAGGGCGGGGUCGGCGACAGCCACUUCCAUCUCGACGGCGACGACUACGAGCCCAUCAUUUUCGCCGUGAAAAACCUUGUUUCUGCCCUGGAGAAGGUAGGAGAUCCGCAGGCCUCUCUAUCCGAGAUGUAGCUUCACGGUGCAUGCCCAGUCACUGCGCCACUGGACACUGGAGAUGGAGCUCCUCUUUACUUUCGUCUCAGCGAGAAUACAUUAGGCGCCUUACUAUUUUAUUGUACUACCGUCUGCAAGCAGAAGUGCCCAUCCGGUGGCCUAUUAUUUGGGCUAUAGUAAUGUCGUAGUGUUUAUGGUGCUGGAGUCUGUCUGCAGCUAUCUCUGUGUAUCUUGGAUUCUAUAAUCUUCCGGGCUAGGGAAAGAAAAUAUUUCGUCGUUCUUCAA